UUCAACAUUCGGGAAUAAAUUUUACGAAAAUAUAAUAAACAUAAUGAAAAAUCAAUUUUCUUUAAAUUUUAUUAAUACAUUAAUAAUUUUUACAAACAUAAUUGGAUUUAUAUUAUCUUUAUAUGCGUAUCAUGUUGAAACUCAAAAAGAAAUUGAUGUAAAUUAUGAGGCAAUGUGUGAUAUUAAUGAAUUUAUAAGCUGUUCCAAAGCGUUCUCAUCCAAAUAUGGAAAGGGUUUUGGAAUUGUUAAGCCCUUACUUGGGGAAGAAUCUAUAUUUUACCAACCUAACAGUUUAUUUGGUUUAAUUUUUUAUACGACGAUUUCUAUUUUAUCAUUAUUCAACACGAUACAAUCAAGUAAAGUAAUGCUGAUAAUGUCAAUUGCAUCAAAUUUCGGCAGUGUGUAUUUGGCAUUCAUAUUGUACUUAUUACAAGAUAUUUGUGUGGUUUGUGUUUCAACUUAUAUAGUUAACCUCGUGAAUCUAUUGUUGUCUUGGAUCAAAUUAAAAACGAUUAAAUCAAAAGUACAUAGAGAUUAA